UAUGAGAUACAUAUAUUAAUUUCCCAUCAAGUCGCUGAUAUCUUUUCUUUGCUUACUGGAACAUCUUUACUCAUAUUACUUAACUUUGCAUUUGCUUUUAUAAGGGUAUCAACUGGUUUGCAGCCCGUCAUACCUGUUUCCUUAAGCAAGUCCAGAGUAUACUUCCGUUGGGAAACUGAAAUUCCUUCUCUCGAUCGAGCUACUUCCAUUCCAAGGAAGUAUCUUAGUUUUCCAAGGUCCUUGAUCUCGAAUUCCUCAGCGAUCUUUGCCUUCAAUCGGUUAAUUUCUGAGAUUAAAGCUAUGAAGGACUUGUACUUUUUUGAAUUGAAAGAAAUGUACCAUAAAAUUCUUCCUAAAGUGCAUCAGUUUGAAAGUCUUCCACAACAACCAAAGAUAGAGCAGCUAAAUAAAUUGAAGGCAUUUAAGGGCAUUUUGGAACGCCUUUUGACAUUCUUACAGGUUUCAAAAAAUAAUAUCACACUUGAAUUGAAAGAUAAGAUAGGCCAUUAUGAGAAGCAGAUUGUUAGUUUUUUAAAUUCCAAUAGGCCAAGGAAUCGAAUCUCUACACUACCGCCGGGACAACAUCCUCCCUCUCACAUGCAAUCCAUACAGCAGUCACAAUCACAGAUGACCCCGUUACAGUCUCCUGAAAAUCAAAUUAAUUCCCAACUGCAUUCUGCAAACAUGCAAGGUUCUGUGGCUCCAGUGCAGCAGAACAAUAUGAACAAUAUGCAGCAUAAUUCUCUUCCAACUUUUUCAGGAUCAGCAGCACAACAAAACAUGACGAUCCCAAUGCAGCCUGGUUCCAGUUUGGAAUCAGGACAAGGUAAUUCACUGAGCUCAUUGCAGCAGGUUGCUGUUGGGUCUUUGCAACAGAAUCCUGCAAACAAUUCCCAACGGGCAAAUAAUAGUUCUUUGCCAUCACAAAAUGGGGUGAACUCUCUGCAGCCAAACAUCAAUUCUCUUCAAUCAAAUCCUAAUAUGCUUCAACAUCAACAUCUGAAACAACAGGAUCCGCAACAGAUGCUGCAAUCGCAACAACAGCUUAAACAACAAAUGCAGCAGAGACUGAAGCAGCAGGUGUUGCAGCACCAGCAACAGCAGCAACAGCAGCAACACCCGCAGCAACAGCAACCACAAUUACAUCAGCAACAGUCACAGCUACAUCAGCAAGGAAAGCAGCAGCUACCCACACAAAUGCAGGCGCACCAAAUGUCACAACUUAAUCAAAUGGAGAUUAGCGAACUGAAAAUGAGACAGGGGCUUGCUGUGAAGCCAGGGAUGUUUCAGCAUGUCCCAACAACUCAGCGCUCAGCUUAUACCCAUCAGCAGAUGAAACCAGGAACUUCAUUUCCUAUUUCUCCGCCAAUCUUUCAAGCUGCAUCCCCUCAAGUCACCCAAAAUUCUUCUCCUCAAGUCGAUCAACAAAGUCUGCUUUCAUCCAUUACUAAGACUGGAACACCUUUGCAAUCUGCAAGCUCCCCUUUUGUUGUACCAUCUCCUUCAACGCCUAUGGCUCCAUCUCCAAUGCCUGGUGAAUCUGAAAAACCCACUUCUGGUGUCUCAACACAUACAAAUGUUGGGAAUGCGGGACAACAAACUAGCGUGUCUGCAACACAAGCCCAAUCUCUUGCCAUUGGCACCCCUGGGAUAUCUGCCUCACCAUUGCUAGCUGAGUUUAGUGGUACAGAGGGCGCUUGUGCCAAUGCAUUACCAACCGUUUCCGGCAAAUCGAGUUUUACAGAGCAGCCUCUUGAACGUUUGAUUAAAGCUGUUAAAUCAAUGUCACCUAAAGCUUUGAUUUCCUCUGUCAAUGGCAUUGGAUCAGUUGUCAGUAUGAUUGAUAGGAUAGCAGGCUCGGCCCCUGGUAAUGGGUCGAGAGCUGCCGUUGGGGAGGAUCUGGUUGCCAUGACAAAAUGUCGGCUGCAAGCAAGAAAUUUUGUUCCCCACGAUGGACCAAAUGGAACCAAAAAGAUGAGACGCCACACGAGUGCAAUGCCCUUAAAUGUUGUUUCAUCAGCUGGCAGCAUAAAUGAUGUUUUUAAACCGUUGACUGGUGCUGAGACAUCUGAUCUUGAGUCAACUGCAACAUCUAGUGCCAAAAGGCCCAGGGUUGAGGCCAAUCAUGUUCUUCUGGAAGAAAUAAGGGAAAUAAACCAGCGUCUUAUUGACACUGUGGUUGUAAUCAGUGAUGAAGUAGUUGAUCCAAGUGCUUUAGCGGCUGCUGCUGAUGGGAGUGAAGGAACAAUUGUCAAGUGUUCUUUUAGUGCUGUGGCUCUCAGUCCCAGCUUAAAAUCCCAGUACACUUCUGCACAAAUGUCUCCAAUUCAGCCUCUUCGGUUACUUGUUCCUACAAAUUAUCCAAAUUGUUCUCCGGUACUCCUAGACAAGUUUCCUGUUGAAGUCAGCAAGGAAUAUGAAGACCUUUCAAUAAAGGCCAAGUCAAGAUUUAGCAUAUCCUUGCGAAACCUUUCACAACCGAUGUCGCUCGGGGACAUAGCAAGAACUUGGGAUGUCUGUGCACGUGCUGUUGUUUCUGAGUAUGCUCAGCAGAGUGGCGGUGGCAGCUUUUGUUCUAAGUAUGGUGCUUGGGAGAACUGUUUGAGCGCUGCGUGAUUCGAAGAAUCCAUCUAUAACGAAUUUCCGCAAAUCAUCUCAAGAAAUUUCUAGCAGGCUGACUGACCAGCCCCACCUGCUUCGGGAAGACGGGCAGUUAACUUAAAUAAUGGUAACAUAUCGUAAUGUAUGUCCCUCUUUAAAACAUGAAGGUUGUUUAUUAAAUACCAUAACAUUGGCAGGAGUAGGCUAAUUGAGUCUUUGUAUUUUGCCACGAUGGAUCUGUUUCGCUUGUGAAAAUCGAUGCCUCUUUCGGUUAUGUAUCUGUAAAUCAUAAAAUGGGGGACUGUAAAAUUGAAACCCUUGAUGUUUAUUGAAUGCAUAAAUGUAUUGUUUGAUAGGAAAAUUCUUCCUUUUAGAUUGUCUCUAUUGAAAAAUACAUGGGGAAUAAAACUUGUGUUGUGCU